GUGGCCGCUGAGUGCAUAACGCCAGCCAACUUUAACCGACUGUAUUUUGCAUUGUUUGGAAAAUCUACCACCUCCAGCGGCGAAUCUGAGAUGCAUCUGCGCAGCGUUUACGUCAAUUAAAUACGUUGCGCUGCGUUUACUUCAGUGAUGGUGGUCUCACUUGUUUUGGAGAAAAACUGCGCAAAUUAACGAACCUCACAGGGGUAGAGGUAGUAGGCUACGCUCGAUGACCGUGCGGACCCACCCCGUUCUUUUAAACAUCCCUCUCUGCGCAGUACUGAUCGGGGGAAAACCACCUUCUUCCUGCGAGGUGCACAGAGCCACUGCCAUUAUUGGCUUACGAAGCUGUCAGUUUAUGAAAUGACCUAGAGGGUGGGGUAACAGCCAGGAAAAAUGGCUUCGUUGUCGGUGAGCGAAUCGCAAGAGAUGGAAGUUGACAGGAAGGGUGAAUCCGAGGAGUCCGGCGAUGAGGAAACCAAGAGGAAGAGUCUGAAUGGGGAGGUGGACCCCCAGGAGCCCCCUCCUACAGGAAAAGAGGAGGUGCCUGUUGACAUGGAUACCAUAACGCUGGAUCCGGAGGAAGAGGAUGUUGAUUUGGUUCACUGCAGGAUUGGGAAGAUUGAGGGACUGGAGGUACUGAGGAAGGUUAAGACUCUCUCUUUGAGGCAGAACCUCAUCAAGAAGAUCGAGAACCUUGAGACCCUCACGUUGCUACGGGAACUGGAUCUCUAUGACAACCAGAUCCGCCGGCUGGAGAACCUGCAGAACCUAACUGAGCUGGAUGUCCUGGACGUGUCCUUUAACAUCCUGAGGAAGGUGGAGGGUCUGGAGAGGCUGACCCGGCUGAAGAAGCUCUUCCUGCUGCACAACAAGAUCGGCGCCAUCGACAACCUGGCCCACCUGACUGGCCUGGAGAUGCUGGAGCUGGGUUCCAACCGCAUCCGGGUGAUAGAGAACCUGGACUCUCUCUCCUCCCUGGACAGCUUGUUUCUGGGCACCAAUAAAAUCACCAAACUCCAGAACCUGGAUGGGCUGCAUAACCUGACGGUGCUCAGCAUCCAGAGUAACCGCAUCACUAAGAUGGAGGGACUGCAGAGUCUGGUGAACCUACGGGAGCUCUACCUGAGCCACAAUGGCAUCGAGGUCAUCGAGGGCCUGGAAAACAACAAAAAGCUGACGACUCUGGACAUCGCCGCCAAUCGGGUGAAGAGAAUCGAGAACAUCAGCCACCUGACGGAGCUGCAGGAAUUCUGGAUGAACGAUAAUCAGAUCGAGAACUGGGGCGACCUGGACGAGCUGAAGAACGCGCGGGGGCUGGAGACGGUGUACCUGGAGCGCAACCCGCUGCAGAAGGACCCGCAGUACAGGCGCAAGAUCAUGCUGGCGCUGCCCACCGUGCGGCAGAUAGACGCCACCUUCAUCCGCUUCUGACCCCGCCCCCCUGCCGUGCCAGUGAGCCCCACCCCCAGGACCCCAGCACCACGCCCCCACGUCUGUCUGCACACCUAAACCCUCAACCACACACACACACCCCAGGAUUGGUCACAUGCUAUCUCUUGUGUAAACACAGGCGCACACACACACACACACACACACACAUUCCGGCUUUGCGCUCUUGUUUAUGGAAGUCCCUUAUUUAUUCAUAGCUGUGUCGUGGGUGCGAUGCCUUCUGAAAUGGGGUUUAAGAUUUUUCCACUUCCCUCCAACCCUUCGCAUGUGGGUUUGUGUGUGCCCUCUCUUAUGCCCCCCCCCACCACCACCACCACCACCCCCCCACAUGGUUCAGUUUCACACAGUCAAAAAAAAAGACCUGUGCUUCAGAAGUGCUCUGACCCCACCCACGCUACAUCAGGAGGAGCAGUGCAUGCUGGGAUUUGGUUAACAAAACAGGGACCCCCCCAUAACAUUAUAACACUCACCCCCUUCCUCCCCUGCUCUCUUCUCCUUCAAACACACACGCGCACACACACACACACACACAGGAAUACGUACUCAUGUUGUGGUUGUAUAUCAGUGGAAAGGGAAUCUACACAGCCCAAGAAAAUUGAGGUGGGCUUGUUUAGACUGUUCGCGCAGUGGGUUGGCUUUUCUCGUCAUUGAUUUCUUUUGCACUCUCGAGGGAUAGCCUCUUUGUCCUGUUUUAUGUUGACUGGUUGUAUCGUGUCAGUAUUUAUCAACCUGCCACAGAGUAUACUCCGCUCUGCUCAGGCAGACCACAGAAGGCAACAGGAUCUUUUAUUUUUUUAUCUUUUAAUUUAAGUUCUGGUAAAAAAAAAAACUGUUAUUUUGAAAUAAUAAACACACUAAAAUGAGUAGUUUUGUUUUCCUGGUGGUGUGCACUUAUGAGCACUGUCUUUGUAUGGUUGCAUUUUCAAAUGGCAUGCCCCCACCUCUUUUCAAUAGAACCCUUCAUUUGAGGUGUACACAACAGUGCGUACGAAAGCAUACAACAUGUUUUGUGGAUUUUUGUUAAUGUUUGUUUUGUUUGAAUCUUACGUGCAGUAGCUUGGUUCUUAUUGAUCUGGAGGGGUCUGGGGGUGUGGUUCUUCCAAUCCCUCCCCCACAGGUGUUUGUGAACACUGAACAGGUACUGGUUCCAUCAGAUGGAUGUAGCCUGCGUGGGGGUCUGGGGAUUGGGGUGGGGGUGUGGUAGUACAUCUGGAUGUUUUCACAAGCCUCACAGGCUGCACAAGAUCUGUGACACCUGAAAAGAAUGUCAAAGCCUCAGCCACACCCGAUCUGCAGCACUGGAGGAUUGUGGGAAGAGUCUAAAGCUGCUUGGAGGAGAGAGUGUGGGGGAUUCUUUUUUUGUUUGUUUGCCUUUUUUAAAUUUGAUUUUUACAAGUGCUUGGUUGACUGUUUUAACCUGAAUGUAUUAUAAAAGAUUAAAUAAUUAAAUAAAUUCAAAUUAAAUAUG